AUCGAUCUUUCGUUUGGUCACGUGAUAUCAUCUAGGCAACCGAACGCUUCUAAGUUAUAUUUCUGUUGUCCGGAAACCUAAAUUCACGGAAAAAAGUCUCAGUGGUGAGUGACUGCAUGACUUGAAAGCGACUCUGUGCAGCUAAAUCAUCAUGCCUGCCAAAAAGGAGACAAUUUCUCUCCAGAAGGAGAUUCUGAACCAGGAGAUGUGGGAUGAAUUAUUGAGUCUUGAAGGACUGACAGUUAUUGAUGUAUAUCAGAAAUGGUGUGGACCGUGUGCUGCAGUACUAAGUCUCUUCAAGAGGCUCAGGAAUGAGGUCGGAGAUGAUCUGCUCAGAUUUGCUGUGGCUGAAGCAGAUAGCAUCGAAAGCCUUGAGAGGUACCGUGGAAAGUGUGAGCCUUCGUUCCUUAUGUAUGGGAGUGGUCAACUGGUCAACGUGGUGAGGGGGGCCAACGCUCCUAAACUCCUCAAGGACGUAGAACGAGAGCUGAAACAGGAACACAAGGUUCUAGAGGAAGGAGUAGAACGAGUAGUGAUCAAGGAUCCCUUGUUAGCAGCCUUUGAGGCUGAAGAACAUCAGGCAGCACAGGCAGAAGAAGUUGAGAAGAAGAAACAGGAGGAGGAUGCAAGGAUCAAGGAAAUAAAAGAAUUAGGUGAUGAAGGAGAGGUUAGCGUGAGACCAGUAAGUCAGGGUACAGUAGACACCUUGAUGCAUGACAGACAAGAUGGAUCAAAGACAGAGCCUCUUCCUAAAGAAGUCACAGUUGUUCUCAUCAAACCGGACGCUGUUGCUAGUGGCCACGUGGAUGAUAUCAUUGCUAAGAUUGAGGAGCAUGGUUUUGAGAUCCUGGCUACAGAAGAUAAGACUCUGACUGAAGAAGAAGCCAGAGAGUUCUACAAACAGCAUCAAGAAGAAGAUCACUUUGAGGAGCUGGUCACCUUCAUGGCUAGUGGUCCUAGCAAAAUUCUUGUCUUGACCCGAGGUAACACGGGUGAAGGGGUCGUGUCGGAUAUCAGGAAUCUGCUAGGACCCAAGGAUAUUGAAGUUGCCAAGGAGCAAGCACCUGAAAGUUUGCGAGCUCAGUUUGGUACAGAUAAGAAAAUGAAUGCGAUGCAUGGAGCAGACUCGUCAGAAACAGCUGCAAGAGAGCUAGCAUUCCUUCUUCCUAACUUCAACAUUCCCCUUGUACCGGGGACUGGUCCUCCACCAAUCGUUGAGAAAACCUUGGCUCUUAUCAGACCAAGCGCACUCAAGGACCAUAAAGAUGAAAUGCUGCAGAAGAUUCAAGAGGCUGGGUUUGAGGUAUGCCUUCAGAAGAUGGUUCAGCUAACAGAGGAACAAGCUAAAGAUUUCUAUAAAGAGCAAGAAGGUACCGCACACUUUGAAGAUCUCAUCAGGGAGAUGACAAGUGGUGAGGUUCUUGCUCUAGGUCUUGCCAAAGAGUCUGCCAUUCAAUCCUGGAGAGAGUUCAUUGGACCUACCAUCAUUGAUGAAGCCAAGGAGAAAGCUCCUGAAAGUUUACGAGCUCAGUACUCAGUCCCAGAUACUCAAGUGAAUGUAGUCCAUGGUAGUGACUCUGUAGAUAAUGCAGAGAAAGAACUCGGGUUCUUCUUCCCCAAACAGAGCACAUUAGCUGUCAUUAAACCUGAUGCAGCUGGAGAACAUAAAGAGGCCAUCAUUGAGAAGAUCAAAGAGGCAGGAUUUAACAUCAGUCUUCAGCGAGAUGUUGAGCUGAACAAGGAGCUGGCAUCUAAGCUCUACAUGGAGCAUGAGGGCAAGGAAUUCUAUGAGAACCUCAUUGAACACAUGUCAAGUGGUCUAUCUAUGGUGAUGGUGUUAUCCCGCGAGGAUGCUGUUGACGGCUGGAGAACCCUGAUGGGACCUACAGACCCUGACUACGCCAGGGAGCAUGCUCCGGAGUCAUUGAGGGCACUGUUGGGUAAGGACGUCAUGCAGAACGCUGUCCAUGGCAGCUCUAACCCAGAGGAAGCCAAGACGAGGAUUGAGAGACUCUUCCCUGAUGUGGAAGUACUACCUGGGGGAGAGGUCAAAGUGAAAGGAGAAGAAGGAGAAGAGGGAGGAGAGCAACAGACAGAGCAGCCACCAGGAGAAGGUGAAGAGCAACAAGCAGAAGAGCCUGCAGGUGAAUCAGGUGACCAACAAGCAGAGGGAGGAGAGGCAGCUGCAGAGGGGGCUGAACAGCAAGCAGAACAGCCACCUGCUGAAGGAGAAGAAGCAGCACAACAAAGAGAAGAAGGAGGAGAGACAGAGCAACAAGCAGAGGUUGGAGAAGGAGAUGGUGGUGAGACCCAGCAGGUGGAGGAUGGUCCAAAAGAAGAUGGUCUAACGGAAGAUGGUCAAACCCAGGAAGCGCAGGCUGAGCAGCAAGUGGAAGAUGGGAAGACUGGAGAAGAGGCUGCAGAGGAGGAGAAGGCAGUGGAUGAGGAGGCCACACCAACUGAUGCCCAAGAGGGUCAGGCUGAUGGCGAUCAACCCCAGGGAGAGGGGGAGGAGAAGGAGCAGAAAGAAGGGGGCGAUGAAGGUGAGAAACCAGCUGAAGAAGGUGAAACUCAACAAACACAAGAGGGCGAGGCACCCGCAGCUGAACAAACUGAACAGACACAAGAGGGUGAAGCAGAGAAGACUGCAGAAGAAGUUGCUCCUGCCUCAGAGGAAGCAGCAGCAGAGCAAGCACCUGCUGCAGAAGAGACUCAGGAAGGAGAGGAGAAGAAGGAAGAACAGACACAAGAUGCACCUGCAGCGGAAGGUGGAGAGGCAGGAGCUAUGGAGGGGGAAGUCCCCGUCACUGAAGGAGGGGAAGCCCCGGCCGCUGGGGAAGGAGAAGGGGAUGCUAAGCCAGAAGAGACUGCAUCAUAAAGAAAUCCAUCAAUCACAAAAACACUCAUCCCAUUUCCCUGGCAAUUUUUAUUUGUACCCUGGCUAUCUGGUUGUAAGCACAGGGCUUCAAAAACCAUACACAGAAUCUU